AAAAAGAAUUAGUAAAGAGCGAAAUAAUGUAUAAAGUGCUAGUAGAAGAUGAAUGUCUGUUUUUAGAUGGUAGUAAUUGGCAGUAAUGUGGUGAAACAUCUGCUCAGCAGCUCAGACACUUGAUUUGAUGAAUUGGGCUAUACUUGUGGCGCUAUACUACCAUAACAAUGAGAAAGAUAUUGCUGGCACUGCUAUGCCUUGGUGCACUCGGGAUUGUUCAUUGUGACAACGUAUUUUCACUUGAAGAAACUGAAGAAAAUGUAGAAGUUGUAGAGGAAGAUACCGAGCCUAAUUUUGGAAAUUUGGGAUUAGACGAAGAAACGGUUAUUCAAAUGACAUCGACAUUGACAAGUUUGGUCUGUCGAGUACCAAAACGAAAACAACAAAAAUGUUUACAAAAGAACAUUACUGAAGCAAGAUGUAACAAAAAGAAUUGCUGCUACGACGACACUAAUAUUGAUAAGCCAAAAUGCUUCAAAAGAAAUACGCAACAAUACGCAAGAUCAAAAGCAGAAGAAGUCCUAUCCGCUAUGUUGGAUGAUGAUUCGUCGAGAAAGACCAUGUAUCGGAUAACGACCAUUGUAGACCAUUGGUUAAAUUGCGUGUUCGAAGGAAAAAGGCUUCGAAGAUUUUGUGACAGAACUUAUUUACUGGGAGAUAAAAGAGUAUAUUCCAACCCCCGUACGCCAAGAACAUACAAUCCAAAGCCUCAGCCGUACAAACCAAAACCCAAGCCAUACAAUCCUAAACCAUACGUGAAACCAACGAGAGUGUAUCGACCCCGUCCAACACCAACACCAACCAAAAAAGAACUAGAAAUUGAAGAAUUUUUGAAGCCUUUAGUAAACAAUUUCAAGCGGACGAGAGAAUAUUUCUUGGCAAAUCUCAUAAACGAACAACAACUUGAACUCAUUAUUGUCAUUUCACAAUUUACACCGCAAGAAGAAGUUAUGCUUAGAUCUGCAACGCCUACACCUUCGAUACAAAUUUAUACCACAAGACCAACAGCUCCCCGUUGUGGAUGGUAUCCAUGGGGUGGCUGGAGUGCCUGCGAAGGCUAUUGUGGAAUGGGAGUGAGAAGAAGAAUGCGUCGUUGUAAUGGAUGUAUUCCAGGUGAAGGUGCAUGUCAAGGAAACUGCUUUGAUUACAAAAAAUGUGCCAAUCCUGUUGGCAAUCAGUGUGGUUACUGGAGUGGCUGGUCAGGCUAUGGUCAAUGCAGUACAAGUUGCGGUAAAGGAUCACAAACUAGAACGAGAGUUUGCUAUGCGGCAUCCGUGGGGGAACCAGGUUGUAUUGGUGUUACUUCGACCUCUAGAGAAUGUCACAUCGGAGAUGGAUCCUACAGCGCGUGGUCUGAUUGGACGCCAUGUUCAGCGUCCUGUGACGGGGGAUUUUCAACCAGGAAACAGAUACAUACAUGUGCAUUGGACGACAAAAUCGAAGUCAGAGCUUGUAAUGAACAACCGUGCUGUGGUAAACUGGGAUGGAGCAUCUGGUCGGCCUGUUCAGUUACAUGCAAUAUGGGUGUCCAAAGACGUACACGAGCUGACGUGUGUCCAGAAAUACCAAAAGAAACAGAAGCACAACCAUGCGACGCAGGUCCAGGAAACUACGGAGAUUGGUCCUACUGGGAAUCUUGCUCGACAACUUGUCCUGGUGGAUUUCAAUCCCGCCGACGAAGUCACUCAUGUGGGUUAGAUGACGAGUUUGAUGUACGUCAGUGCGGUCAGCCAGGCGUGUACUUGGAAUGGUCUAACUGGACUCCAUGCUCAAAGAGCUGUCCGGGUGGUACCAGAGCCAGAUCACGAAUUCAUACAUGCGAAGCUGAAGAAUUUGAAUCAGAGACGUGCGGAUUUCCUGGUACAUGGGGAGAAUGGUUGGCCUGGUCUAGUUGUUCUUCUACUUGUCCUGGUGGCAGCAGAGUUAGAGUAAGAUACGAUUCAUGUACCAACGAACAGGACACACAGAUCGAAGAUUGCGGAGAAAUAGGUGGAUACACUAACUGGGGAUUCUGGUCAGCUUGCAGUCAGUCCUGUAUCGGCGGUCAACGUACUCGUCUCAGGUUCCAAGUGUGUACAAGCGAAAGACAAGAAGACUCUGAAAUUUGUGGAUCUCCCGGUAGCUGGGGGAGAUGGUCUGGAUACAGCGACUGCACCAAGCAAUGUGACACCGGUACCCAAUUCAGAAGCAGAGUGCAUUCUUGUCCUAUCGCCUUGCCAGGAAAUUCUGAUGGUACAGAGCGAGAAAUUCGAGUAUGUAACGAAAGACCAUGCUGUGUAUUCUUACAGUGGUCAGACUGGAGUGCUUGUGAUGUCACCUGUCUGACUGGACGAAGAAGAAGAGUAAGAAAGAACACUUGUCCUGAAAUUGAUGAUGAGAUUGAUGUCGAGAUCUGCAACCAAGGGCCAGGGUUUUACAGUCAGUGGAGUGAUUGGUCAAUCUGUUCCAAAACAUGCCCAGGAGGGUCACAGGCAAGAAGUCAAACGCACAGUUGCGGAGCACAGGACAAGGUCGAAACAAGAUUCUGUGGCGAAGAUCCAGGUUACGGUGGUUGGGAUGACUGGAGUCAAUGCACCGUCACUUGCGGCGGCGGAAACCAGUUUAGAAGGCGACUUCACAUUUGCGAAAUCAAAGAUCCAGAAAUUCAAGUCAGAGAAUGCAACACAGAUUCCGGAACCUACUUACCUUUCGAAGAAUGGAGCAGGUGCUCAAGAACAUGUCCGGGUGGUCAACGAGUUCGAACAGCGAAGCAUACCUGUGGAAUGCAAGAUAAGAUUGAAGUUGGUGAAUGUGGAGGGCCAGGCGGUUACAGUUCAUGGUCUGAUUGGACCGAAUGUAGCAGCACUUGUACUGGUCAACAGAUUAGACAACAGAUUCACAGUUGUGGCCUAAACCCACAAAUCGAGAGACGAGUGUGUGGUAGUGGGGGAACUUAUUCGGAAUGGUCUGACUGGGGACCAUGUUCUCAGACUUGUCUUGGAGGAGAUCAAAUGCGAUACAGAUUCCAUAACUGUGACGAACCUGUCGACACUGAAUCACGUAUUUGUGGACAACCACCUUUCCAUGGACCGUGGUCACUAUGGGGGCCUUGUUCCGUUACAUGCGGUACUGGAACAAGAGCGCGAAGACGGUCAGGAAUUUGUGGAGCUGAAAACGAAGUUGAGGCUGAACCAUGUGGACUUAAACAAUGUUGCAUUUUGUUGGAAUGGACAUCCUGGUCAUCGUGCAGUACUACUUGCUUUACUGGAGAGCAGGUCAGAACUCGGGCUACAACUUGUUCACAAGGACGUCCAAUUGACACUCAAAUUCGCGAAUGUAAUGCAGGAGAUGGUGAAUACGACAGCUGGUCACCAUGGAGUCCGUGUCCCAAAACUUGUGGAAGCGCUAUUAUUUUGAGACAAAGAGAACACUCAUGUUUGCCCGACCCUGACAGAGAUGUUUCACCGUGCGCCACUCAGCCUUGUCCUGAAUGGGAACCGUGGUCAAUUUGGGCAAGAUGCUCUGUUACAUGUUUCAGAGGAACAAGAAUUCGAAGCCGGCAAUGUAGAAACGGUAAAGUUGGAAUGAUUGGUUGUGACGGAGAAGCAUUAGAAACUGACAGCUGUACCAUAUCAAUGGGCCAAUGGACAGAAUGGACCCGAUGGACAAGAUGUUCGGCUACCUGCAAAGGAGGAUUCCAAACGAGAACCAGAUCUCAUACUUGCGGACUUGACGACGAAAUAGAGACACAAGUGUGUAAUACACAACAAGGCGACUGGACGAACUGGGAAUCAUGGACUGAUUGUAGCGUAACUUGUGGUGGGGGUUAUCGUUCAAGAACACGGGGUCAUACAUGUGGUGAACCGGAUGAUUCGGAAGUGGAUGUAUGCAACACUUACCCAGGAGACUACGGACCAUGGUCUGUAUGGUCACAAUGUACUAGAACGUGUGGAGGAGGCACUCAUACCAGGACUCGACGCCAUUCGUGCGGCCUCGACGAUCAAAUCGACACAGGAGAUUGCAACACAUUUGGUGGUGCUUGGACGGUCUGGGAUCAAUGGACAACCUGUUCGAAGUCAUGUGGUGGUGGACUUAGAACUAGAAGAAGAUCACACACUUGCGGACUUGAUGAUCAAUACGAACCGCAGGCCUGCAAUGAAAGAGAUUGCGAAAUGUGGUCAGGCUGGACGGAAUGGAGUAGAUGUUCUGCAACAUGUAAAAACGGAAUCCAAAUUCGUACCCGAGAGUGUCAAUACGGACAAGCUGGCAUGGCUGGAUGUUUGGGAGAUAAUGUGGAAAAUCGAGAAUGCAAUUUGGGCAAUGGCGAAUGGAGUGAUUGGAGCGAUUUUACACCAUGCUCUGCAACUUGUAAAGGUGGUGAACAAACCAGAUUCCGAACACAUAACUGUGAUCUUGAUCCCGAAGUGGAAGUGGUUCCUUGCAACACUCACAGAGGUACAUAUGGACCAUGGACAGAUUGGACACGUUGUACAGCAUCAUGUGGAGGAGGAACUCACGUUAGAUCUCGCUCACAUACUUGUGGUGAACCCGACGAAGUUGUAGCCGAACCUUGUAACACAUUUGAGGGUGACUAUCUCGAAUGGUCACAAUGGACUCCAUGUACCACAACUUGCGGUGAUGGUACCAGGACAAGAAUGCGAGACCAUUCGUGCAACAAACCAAGCGAGCUCGAAAAAGUGAAAUGCAAUACCAGACCAUGUGCCUAUUGGUUCGGUUGGUCUAAUUAUGGACCGUGCAGUGCUUCAUGUGGUGAAGGACAAAGGGUGAGAUCCAGAAUAUGUAUUGGUGGAAAACCAGGAGAAGGUUUAUGUUUUGGUCUACCAACCCAUACGGAAUUCUGCGACGCAGGUCCGUGUUGCGAGUGGGGUUGGAGCGGUUGGAGUGCCUGUUGUACAAUUCCCGCCGACGGAGAUACUUAUGGUGAAAGAUUGAUUCAGAAACGUCUUCGAGGAAAUAAGUGCGGCUUGGAAUACGAAGAAAUUACUAGAACAUGCCCGCCGGGUGAAAAACCAGUUUCAGCAUGUAACGACGAAAGAAAGAUCUGGAAUCCAACGUACUAAACAAGAAAUAACAAAGAAUGGGACGCAGGAGUUCACAUAAAGAUUCCAUUUUAUAUUUUUAAGAAUUAAAAUUCAUCGUGUUCUCUGACUCCGGAAAAUGGGAAUUUUCUAUGCGCAUGCAUUCCAUACGUUAUUCACAACAUUAAUAAUUAAUUGAUUAUUGAUAAUUAAUUUAUCCAUGUUUAUGUAUUCACGAAAUUUUCCGUUUUAGCUCUACCCCUUCCCCCUAUUUACAUGAAAAUAGAUGAUGAAUUAAUUUUGGCAAGCGACAGUAAGAAAUCAUGUAUUCCGAUGCCUCAUUUUAUCCUUUUUUAAAUGUUUGCGAUGAUAUUUUAUCUGAUAAAUGAUUUUUUUGUUAUUUUGACGUUUGUUGCAUAAAAAAAAUCUUAAUCCUUACUUGUUUACAAAUGCUUUGUGCAAAUGUUCCAAAUGCCGAUAAAAUCAUAUUUAAUAAGAUGAAUUUUGUUUAUCACAAAAAAGUGUUAAUAAUUUGUAAUUUAGAUGAUAAAUAAAAUAAAUAUGAAUAUUGAUAUUUA